AUGCCUUCCGAAGCAGCAGAAAAGGCUGAGAGGAGGGCUCAGAAGAGAAGAGAGCGAGAAAGUCGCAUCCCCAAGUCCAUGGAAGGGGGUGACUCCAUUCUGAUCUCGUGGGAAGAGUUUCAGACCAUCUUCAAGAGAGCUCUAGAGAUGAUAGAUGCAACAGACGUCAAAUUUGACAUGGAAGAGGAGGAGGCGAGGUUUUCAAGAGCAGAUGCGCCGAAGGGUGCAAUUGUGACUUCCGCAAUGCGCAACCUGUACAACAAGCUGAAAUUCUUCCCGGCGCAAAAUUGUCUCUACGCGGUUGCAAGCGAGAUGAAAGGGAUUCUCGAUGAGGCGAAAGCCGUUUUCGACACUGGUGACGAGGACCCGCCAGAGAACCUCUUCCUAACAGUCAAAACGCAUGAGCACGUCCUCCGCUACAACAACUACGUGGACUCGCGCACUGGCGAGCGCUUUGAUCACGUGGUGUACCGGCCUGUCAGCAGCAACACCGGAGAGCUCUUCAUCGCCUUAGUCAUCGGAACCCCUGGAUUGGACUCCUGGAUCCCUUCUCAGAGACUCAAGCGCUGGAACAUGACAGAGGAAGAAGCUAUUGCGCUGGCAAUCAGGAACCUGGAGAGGAUCACGCCCCCUCACCUGGCGUGCAGGGUGGUGAGUCAUGGUCGAAAUGACCUCAAAAAGUAUCUGGAAAUCAGCCGCAGACGGGAUGCACUCACUCCUAUCAAGCAGAUGUUUCCACGAGAAAAGGGAGGGGGAGGAGCCCUCAUCGUCUCGUUUGCUGACGCACGCGCAAUCCCACGACUCCUGCUGCCACGUGUUGUCGAAAGACUGGCUGAAAUCUUGCGCUGCAAAGCCACCUCGAUAGUCGUGAUUCCCGUCGACGAUAACAUGUUCCGCGCCGCCUCUGCUGAAGACCCCACGGGGAUGCUGCUCAUGGCCAUCCACCAGAUUCUGCCCUACACCCAAGGAGACAACCGCCACUUGCAGUACAAGGUGUCCUGGAACCCCUUUCGGGUGACGAAGCUCCGCAACGAGAUGGGCCUGGCGGAGCUCGAGCCGUACCUGGUCGACGGCGGCCGCUUCGCGGUGCAAUUCUGGGAGGGCGCCAAGAAGAAGGUUUUCUACCCUUACCCGCGCACAGAAGACGACAUCCACUUUCUGGAAGAGGCUUACGGCCGGUCGACCAAGAGACGCUUCAUGAUGAUGCUCACGGAGGAUGUCUUUCUGCAAGGGGUGUGCUGGCAGUGCCGUCAGAAGUGCGACCGUCUGAUGAAGUGCGGCAACUGCAAGAAGGCCAGUUACUGUUCGAGAGAUUGUCAGAAGAAGGCAUGGGCGGCCGGCCACAACGUCAACUGCGAGGAACGGCGGCGCUACUGGGAAAAGGCGAAAAUGUGCCGGUUCUCGAAAUCAAUGAUGGACAAGUCGAAGGAAGCUGGAGCCACGCUUUCCGACGCAGACUUGGAACGCCUCCGGAAGGUCUCAACAGCUUGA